GCGCGAGGGCGAAUAGGAAAAAACUACUGGUAAUCGGUAGCUCGGAAAAGAUCAGAAGAAUCCGGAGGCGCUCCAGGUUUGUGGGCGAAGCGAUGCUGCGAGCGGGAGGUGCGCGGCUCCUCGCCCCGGGGCUCCGGCGGCUCGGACUGGGCGGCGGCGCCGCCGGCGAGGCGGGCCUGCCGGCGGCUGCGGCGGCCGGGGUGAGGGCGUACCACGAGCGGGUGGUGGACCACUACAACAAUCCGCGGAACGUGGGGUCAUUCGACAAGGACGACCCCAACGUCGGCACCGGGCUGGUCGGCGCGCCGGCCUGCGGCGACGUCAUGAAGCUGCAGAUCCGCGUCGACGAGGGCUCCGGCAAGAUCGUCGACGCUUGCUUCAAGACCUUCGGCUGCGGUUCCGCCAUCGCGUCCUCAUCCGUCGCUACUGAAUGGGUGAAGGGAAAACAAAUGGAGGAAGUUUUGACCAUAAAGAACACUGAGAUUGCAAAGCACUUGUCGCUUCCACCAGUAAAGCUCCAUUGUAGCAUGCUUGCCGAGGAUGCGAUUAAAGCUGCAGUGAAAGACUACGAAGCAAAGAAGGCGAAGACGGGGCUGGGUGAAGAAAGCCCUGCGGAGAAGGCUGCAGAAGCAUGAAUGUGGAGUUUCUGCCAUGAAGAAUAUGGAGCUGAUAUAUCUUGACUCUCCGCCAUGUGUCUCCAAAGAUGGAUGCUUCUGUUCUUGAGGCGGGAAAUAGUGUGUAACGUUCACAAACUCCUGUAAUGCAGCAUGUAUCAUAAGGAUGGAGACGAACAAUUUCAAAUAAAUUUGCUGUCAUCUUAGAAAAUGUAUGUGCAUGUAUUAGACCUGUUUCUGGAAAUGUUGGCUGAUGUGCUACGAUACUUACGGAAUUCCGGUCACCCUGUGCACAAAGGUCCUUUUUAUUAUUUUA